UUUGAUAUUGACGUUUAGCGUUUAUUGAUGCCCUCGAAGUUGUAUCGAAAUGUGAAGUUCUUUCUAGAAUGAAAUGUUGUUUUUUUUAAAUAGAAUUUGCUCUUAAUAUUUCAAAUAAAUAGUAGAAGUAUAUUAUUGUUUUUAAUCUAAAUGGCUAAUAUAUUUGGUUUAAUCGUGUCAGGACGACUAGUACAGACAGACUUCACGCCUGUCUCAGAAACGAGUCUGGUCACAACGAUUCUGGACGUGGACUCGAUAAACCAUGCGGUAGUUUUUUUAACGGGGACGACGCCGUUGCCGGUGGGCACAGUAGCCGUUGUAUACUGGAGCUGGCCCGACCCUAACGCGCCGCCCAACUGGCAGCCUCUAGGGCACAUUUCCAACGCAAAGCCCUCGGCUAUAUUUAAAAUAUCUAAUUUGAAGAAACUUCAUGAGUUGUCUAGUGAAAAUAAAUUUAUGAGUGCAUUUGGACAGCAACAGAUCUGUAAUAAUGCUCAAAUUGGAAUUUCAAUUGAACCAGAAGCAAAUGCCCAGCUUCUUCCAAACUCAGAGGCGCAACAAGCAAACUCUUACGUCACAUUUGCACAGAAAAUGUUAGAAAAUUUAGUUAAUUUUGUAGCAUCUUUUUCUGUGACUCAAGAUCAAAUGACACCAACGCCUGGUGUCUCAUACAUACCUCUCAACACCUUACAUACAUGGUAUCAAAACUUUGAGAGGCGAUUGCAGCAGAACCCUAACUUCUGGAAAAACUAGUGUUGAGACAACAAUACAAUUUUUUUUUAUAUAAGAGUCAAGACUACAAUUUUAAUUUUAUGAAGUACAGAGUAAGAGUAGCUAUUCUGAGCAAUUUUAUUACUUUCACGUAUAUUUUGUGCCAGUUUAAUAUAUUUUAAUGGCUUAAAAAGUGAAACGAAACAAAUAGAGAAGCUGUGAAAAACUGGUUAUCCUGUGUUCAGUGAAUAUUUAAAAUAAAAUGUGCUUAUGAA